AUGGAGCGGAAUAGUGCAGGCCUGUCCAAGAGCCUCUACCCCAAAGGACCGAGCUUCACCCUGGAUAACUUUUCCAGCAAAGACUUUAUUGUCCGCGACUUCAUCGACAGCCUAGCCGAUAGUGCCAUCCCUGCCAAACGACGCUCAGGACCUUCGCCAGCUGCGUUUGACCCCAAGCCGCUGAUCCGGACGUUUGAAAAUGCGCUCUCGCAAUUGGCGCUGCUCGGAGACGAAUUGCAGGAGAAGGAAUCCGAGCUAUUGUCGCAGGUUCGCCGCGCCGAAAUCCAGCAUGACCAGACCUUGGACCGGCUCGGUCGCAAGCUUGAUCAGACCAUGACGUCGUUUGAAGCGCUUGACGGAUCGCUGGGCCAGAGCAAUGCAUCGAAUGCUGCCGAAACGACUGGCCGGGCAGACGGUGGCGGCAGCGUCGCCGUUCAGAUCGGAGAGAAACUAGAGGAGCUGGACCGAAAGCGGCGACGGGCGCAGGACGCCAUCUUUCUGAUCCAGUGCUGGACGGAGCUCAAAGAAGCGGGCGUCUUGUCCUUUCUGGAGGACAUUCGGCUCCAGGGUGGUGCCGAGAACAAGAUCAGAUGCGCAGUCAUUGCGCGUCAGCUGAUGAGGAUGAGCCAGCAGCUCGAUCCCGCUUCCUGGGGUCAUGCCAACGAUGCGCGCAACAGCGUCACGCCGGGCGGGCAGAAUGGCGGCAGCGCCAAGCCGCACAACACGCGAGAGAUACUGGAGAAGUUCUGCGAGUCUCUGGAACAGGACCUGCUAGAGCAGUUCAACAACAGCUACAGGCUGCAGAAUUUCGACGACAUGAUGGAAUGCUCCAAGGUGCUGUAUGAUUUCAACGGUGGCUCCAGCGUUAUUGCCAUCUUCGUCAACCAGCACCAGUUCUUCAUCGAUCGAGAUCAGCUCAACGACGAAGCAAUCGCCGAUAACGAGACGUGGGAGAUAUUGGCGGACCCGGACUCGGAUCCUCCCGGCGUCGAUCCCGGGCUUCAGUCCUUGGUAGAUGAAGUCAAGAUUGUCAUGCAGGAAGAGUCAUUCAUCAUCAAACGAGCAUUCCCUUAUUACGAGACGGUCCUCAUAAAGUUCGUCCAACGAGUGUUUCAGCAAUCCAUUCAGCAGCGGCUGGAAAAGGUCCUCGACAAAGCCCAGACCGUAUCCACGCUGGCCUUUUUGAGAUCGCUGCAUUCUUCCAGGAGCUACAUCAGCUCCUUGGUGGAAGACCUCAAGACGCACGGCCUUACCGAACAUCCCGAUCCAUGCUCGGGACACAUUUCGCAGACGCUGGACCAGCAGAUGGACGAGCUUUUUGUUCCCUACCUGGUCGGCAGCUCCUACAUAGAGCGAGAGCGCAAGAGCCUCGACGAGAUGUACAGCUCGCUCCUGUUCAAAUUCACCAUGUACCACUCUCGGAAGAAGAAGGUGCCGCAAGGGUUCAUGGCUUCUCUGGCUCAGCAAGGCACACAGUUUCUCGCCUCUGCAAAGGACGCCUACCUAGAACGGCUGGAGUCGUCGGAUCUUACGCCCACGCAAAAGAGGAUGAUGUUGCGAGUCGCAGGCAUCAAGGAUAAGGAGAACAAGAACGACAUUGAGGUGUCGGAGGAGGAUGGAGGGCUGAGCGUAACGUACGCCAAGCGCAUGCUCAAGUGGCUGGCGGAGAGCGUUCAGCGCACAUUGGAGCUGGGGUCGCAAGCCGAGACGCCCAAAGACGUCAGCGUGCUGCUUCAGCUGCUGCUCACGAACAUGGGGCAAGUCUACGUCCAGACGGCUCUGGAUGCCGCCCAUAACGAGGCCACCAUGGCGGAUAACUCAAAGGCGGAGCCGGACAUGAGCUUUCUCCUCAUCAUCCGCCCGGCCGUGACCAUCUCUGCCAUCAUGGACCGCUUCAUUACUGUCGUGCUCGUACGGCUGGCCGAGUCAAACACCACGGUGAGGAAAAGCAUGGAAGCCCAGAGGAACGGGGCCAUUGAUGCCAUCGAGAAGAAGACCAACGCAGUCAUGAACAUCGCCAUCGACGUCAUGGCCAACUGGGUCUCCAAGUCGCUGAGCGGUCAGAAGAAGCAAGACUUUCGCCCCAGAGGGGUCGAGUUGGAAUCCCUACAGACUUGCACAUGCCUCAAUAUCUGCAAGUUCCUCGUGAGGGCGUCCCAAGAAGCGGGCCGGGCCAUAGACGGCCUGAAUGCCGAAAAGUUCUUUGGCGAGCUCUCCCUCUCCAUCCACGAGCUUCUGUUUGAUCACUUCAAGAAGUUCCAAGUCAGUGCAACAGGCGGUCUCAUGGUCACGCAGGAUAUUGCCAAAUAUGUCUCUGUGAUGCGGGACUGGCCACUGGCCAAGGACGUGUCAGUCAUGGUCGAACUUCUUACCGAGAUCGGGUCUCUGUUUAUUGUUGGCCCCGAGGCGUUGAGAGAAAAGGCGAGGAUGUUGGCGUCCGGACAGACUGGUGGGAGGAGCAAGCUAUGUAAGGGUGACUUCAGAGCGUUCGUGCAAAAGAGGGAUGAUGCGGGUUCUGCAGGGAUACAGAGCAUACUAGCAGGUCUCUAA